GAGUCAGUUGCAAAGAGGAACAAAGAAGAGAUGCAUUUGGACCUACUUUGCAGGGUUUUUGCAGCUUUGCUCUGUUUUCCUACCUGGAUAGAGGCAACUGAUAAGCCCCACACAUGCCCAGAGGUGAAGAUUGUGGGUCUUUCUGGUGAUGAGAAGCUUGCCAUCUUGCAGGGAUGCCCUGGCUUUUCUGGAGCUGCAGGGACUCCUGGAGAAAAAGGGGCACCUGGUCUGCCUGGCCUAAAAGGAGACACAGGAUCACCUGGGAAACAAGGGCCGAAAGGGGAACCAGGUGAUCCAAGUGAUCUUCCAUCUCUCUGUCAAAAUGGGCUGAGGAACUGCAAGGAGCUGUUGAGCAAGGGGGAAUUCCUGAGUGGCUGGUACACCAUCUACCUGCCAGACUGCCAGCCACUGAGGGUCUUCUGUGACAUGGAUACUGACGGAGGGGGCUGGCUGGUGUUUCAGAGACGAUUGGAUGGGUCUGUCGAUUUCUACCGCACCUGGAAUGACUACAAGAAAGGCUUUGGGAACCAGCUAGAAUUCUGGCUGGGCAAUGAGAACAUUCAUCAUCUCACACGAGAGGGGGAGCACCAGCUCCGUGUGGACUUGGUGGACUUUGAUGACAGCAAAACUUUUGCUCAUUAUCAGUCCUUCCAGCUCAGGGGAGAAGAGGAGAAGUACCAGCUUGUCUUGGGGCCAUUCCUGGCUGGCUCUGCAGGUGACUCCAUGACCGCCCACAGUGGGCACCCUUUUUCCACCUAUGACAGUGACAAUGACAGUGGGACUCGGAACUGUGCUGUCAUUGUGUAUGGAGCUUGGUGGUAUUUAGACUGCUAUCUCUCCAACCUGAACGGAGGCUACCCCAUUGGCGAUCGGAAAAGGCAGAACUAUGGCAUUGACUGGGAAAGUGGCAAGGGAGUUGGCACCUCCUACAAGCGCACAGAGAUGAAGAUACGCUAAGCAGAUCCCACUGGGGGCCUAGAAGGCAAACAAAAGAAAUGAAUAAAACAAAAUCAAGCAGCUAUGUGUGUAUUUUCAUUGUGCGUAAGGGAUUGUCCUUCUUCCAAAAUCCUUUCAAGCAAUUAA